AUGGUCAAGCUCGCGCGCGCCCUCGACUUACCUCCAUCUAAAGUCUACUACGAUGUCAUGGAGAAGAUGAAUUUCAAGGUCACGUACACCCUCCGUGCGAAGAGGGUGGAGAGGUGGAUCCGCGCCGUCAAGAGGGAUUUCCUCGACGCUGCGGAAAUCAAGGUCAUGGGCUUGGACUGCGAGUUCACUGUCGUCCUGCAACUCUCCGUCGCGCAACAUAAUCUGGUCUUCCAUAUUGUGAAUGCCGAUGAAGUGCCAGGACUGCUCAUCGAUUUCCUUGCGGACAAAAAUAUCAGAUUUUGUGGUGCAGCAAUCCACAAUGAUGUGGAUAUGUUGCAGACCUACGUAAUUAUUAUUCCGUCUGCGAUCAACCUGCAGCAGAUACUCCCGAACCCCGUCCCAAGAAAGCAGACUCCGAAUUUGUAUGAUUUGGAAAAUCAUUAUAUUGGGACGGGUCUCGAGCAGAAGAAGAAGUUUAAUUAUAAGAAGAAUAAUCCGCCGAAGACCUCCAAGGAAUUAGAAGAAGAGGCAGUGAUUUUUGGAUGGGGCGAUUUUCCCUUGAGCCAUAAGCAACUGCAGUAUGCCGUUCUCGACGCUCGCCUCGGCUUCGAGCUGGGUAGGAGGCAUCUCCGGGCACUUGGCUACAAUUUCCAUAUGGAUCGCCUCGGACUUAAUAUUUAUGAGUAG